AUGACACCUUGUUCAGUUCUUACCCUUUUGCUCUGCCUUUAUUGUAUCACCUCUCACGCUCAUUCUCUAAACAAUGGAUUUAGCGUCGAACUCGUCCACCGUGACUCUUUGAAAUCGCCAUUGCAUCGUCCCUCAGAAUCUCAAUUCCAAAAGGUGGCAAAUUCCAUGCGACGCUCCAUCGGCCGUGCGGCCAAACGUUUCAAUAAGGCUAAUUACGCCCCUAUAAACAUACCUGAAUCAUCUGUAAGCCCAGAUAGCGUUGGCGAAUACAUCAUGAGUUAUUCCAUUGGCACGCCACUGGUUAAGGUCUUUGGCGAUUUCGAUACGGGAAGUGAAGUUGUUUGGUUGCAGUGCAACCCUUGUGAAAAAUGUUACAAUCAAACCACAUCACCAAUAUUUGAUCCUUCAAAAUCCACAACAUACACAAGCAUUCCUUGCGCUUCUGAGUUAUGUAAGUCUUUCAGUGAUACCUAUUGUGAAAAAACUACGUGUGAAUAUAAUAUUACAUAUGCUGAUGGGACAUACACAAAAGGAGAUAUCGGUGUGGAUACUCUAACUUUGGACUCCACCAAUGGCUCUCUUAUCUCAUUUCCAAGAACAGUGAUAGGAUGUGGGCAUAACAAUGCAGGGUUUGAGAAGGAAACCUCUGGUGUAGUUGGAAUUGGAGUUGGGCCUGUGUCCCUUAUAUCUCAAUUGGGCUCUUCAAUUCAUGGCUUCUCUUAUUGUUUGGUACCGAUUUUUUCAAACUCGAACGUCUCAAGCAAACUCAAUUUUGGAGAUGAUGUUGUGAUUUCAGGUAAUGGGUCUGUCAAUGUUCCCAUAGUUCCUGGUAGUGACAAAAUAUUUUACUACUUUAAUUUGGAAGCAUUUAGUGUGGGUGACAAGAGAGUAGAGUUUGGAAACUCCUCUUCGGGCGGCGAUGAGGGCAAUAUCAUAAUUGACACAGGCACGGUGCUGACCCUUCUUCCGCCCGAUGAUUAUUCUCGGUUGGAAUCGGCUGUGGCGGAUGCGGUUAAAUUGGAGCGUGUUCAAGAUCCUAACAAAGUGUUAAGCCUUUGCUACAAAGCUACAUUGAAACAAUUGGAGUUUGUGAAAGUCACUGCACAUUUUAAAGGUGCAGAUCUUCAGCUGAAUUCUCUAAAUACUUUUGUUGAAGUUAGUGAUGGAAUUAAUUGCUUGGCUUUUACUGCAUCUGAUAUUGGUGCUACCUUUGGGAACUUGGCGCAGCAGAACUUCUUAAUUGGCUACGACCUCCAGAAGAAAAUUGUCACUUUUAAACCCACAGAUUGCACCAAGGAGUGA